UGCUCCUUCCUUCCUUGAUAAAGCAGCAAAUGCCAACCUAAAGACCUAAGUUGAUAACUCGAUCCCAAGGGUGGAUCUGGACCAGCUGGACCAUCAUCAUCUGGACCCCACGAGCGCGGACACUCUAUCCACUCGCCUCGACGACAGAGGGGCAGGAGGUGAUGGGUGUGGCUGAUCGCUCGCACCCGGACUAAAAAGAAACCCGUCCACUGACUGGAUUCCGGUUUUCCGCCCGCCCAGCCGCAGAGUGCGUCGUCAUGUUGCCCGUAAUCCCGAGCUUGGAAUCGGCCCUCCGGCAGGUGAUCCUGGCCAAGCAGGCCAAGCGCACGCUCACCCUGCCCGUGGAUGUGCUGCAAGAACUCAACGCCCAUUGGGAGCAAGACCAAGACACGCAGCCCAUGGAUCCGGACCCUGCCGACUCGGCUCAGCCCCAUCAGACCACCUUGACCUUCUUGUUGGAACGGGUGAUGCCCAUUUGGGCCCGGCAAAUCCAGAACCUCCGUCUAUGCGGCCAACCCAUGGCCCACCCCUUCCGAUUGACCUUAGCUGGCAGCCCGCGGACCCGCCCCUAUCUACCCGUCCAUUUGGCCUGGUUCGAUCUGUGCGAAUGGCUCCAUCUCAUCGAGAUCGACUUGGCCAUCUUGGUGGACUUGGACGCGGUGUCCAACCAAUUGGGCGGCCUGGUUUUGACCCGCUGCCGUCCCCCCACCCGCCACUGGUCUGCCUGGUGGAGCCGAUUUUCUUGGGACAAUCUGCACACGUUGUCAUUGGGGCGCAACCAAUUGACCCAGAUCGAUUGGCCGCUGGAUGGGGUGUGUCCCAAUCUGCAUCAACUCGACCUCAGCUACAAUCAGUUGUCGAGCUUCAAAUCGGGCCUCCAAUUACCUCGACUCCGCGUUCUCAUCGCCAGUUUCAACCAGUGGCGCACCUGUCCGGAUCUGAGUGGUUUGCCGCAGCUCCAAACGCUCCACCUGGCCUACAACUUUCUGGAACGGUUGGAUGGCCUGGAAAUGGCCCUCCAGCUCCGGGUUCUCGAUAUCAGCGCCAAUCUGCUCCUACAUCACGACACGCUCAGCCCGCUGUCUCGGCUGAGGUGGCUCCGAUCCUUGGAUUUGAAUGACAACCCCCUGGGCUGCCUACCCACCCAUCGAGAAUCGACCUUGGCCUGGAUAUCGCCCCAUGUGGAUACCGAGGCUUUCGUGCUCGAUCGGGGGGCGUUAUCGCCGAGUGACAAGCUCCGGCUGGGCCUGGCUCGCCAGCUCACUGUGGCCGGACCGACCCAGCCUCGGUCUCGAGAUCCAAGUCCGGUGGACCGUGACUCCACCCGGGUCCAGUCGGGCCAUCGAAGUGGGACGCGCGCCCGGUCUCGCCAACGCGAGGUCGUCAUCGCCGAACCGAGUCAUGAAAUCCAAGAGCCCACCCAGAGUUUCCUGGACAAUCCCAUCGAAGAAGAGGAGCCCGAAUACUUGCAGACCAAGCGAAAAGUGGACGCCUUACGGGCCACCCACGGACAGGCUGGGUGGUUGCACUCGGUCGGGGGCCAAGAGUUGAACAACGUUUUGGGCAUCAGCCGUGCGUCGAGGGCGGUGGCCCAUACCACGCUGACGGACGAAUCCCUAAAGGAACAAGAAGCCAAGCGGCAAGACAUUGAAAAGUUUGUGGAACAAGCCUCUGAGCAAUUGAGGCGAACCAAAUGUUCGGAACCCGUCGAAAGACUGCGAAUAAUGGCGCGGGCCUGUGUUGAACCCAACGCGGUUGAGGAUCAGUCAGAAGAUGAAGCCAUGCUGGAACGUACGGUUAUUCCUCGACUGGAGCAGGCGACGGUCACCCCCAGUGCCGAAGAUGGGCCGGCCCCGACAUCGGAAAAAUCGGCCAGCUCUCAACUGGACGAUUCCGACGAGUUGCCAACCAGCUUCUACAGCAAGUAUAUCGAUAACGAUGAUGACAUUGUACCGAUGCCCCGAGGCCCUACCCUCGUUGUGCCAGUUGUUCAAGUUGAUAAUGAAGAUGUCGGCGAAGUCGAUUUGGACUUAAGUUGUGACUUCGUUAAACUUUUGAAUCAAUUGAAGGAUCUCCUGUGGCAAAAGUCAACGCAUCUCUUGAUCAAUGUCGAGAUUGUCAAAACGGAGCCGCCCACUCUCGAAUUCACAUUCCGAGCUGAUGGCUCUUUGGCCUGCAUGGAGCCUUUGGAGCGCUAUCGAUUCAUCCUCAACGAAGUUGACUUGUCCAAAGUGUUGGACUUUGUUCAACCGACCCUGGCUGAUCACCGCCUGGCCAUGGCCCGAGCUGUCCGACGGAUGAAUUGUCUGAUGUGUCAAAACGCUUUCAAGCUAGAAAUUAACCAACCCAUGGCUUGCCCCAAAUGCUCGAGUGCCAUGGUUGUCCAAGGCUCUGACAGGGCUUCCACGAGUUCCAGCUCUCCCACUGUCUCCGUGGGCAUUCCGGUUUGUGAGGAUCUGGCUUUUGCCACGCCCAAGGGCGAGUCGCCCAAUUUUCCAUCCACGUUGGAUGACCAAUUUUGUCGAAGCACACCCCAAAAGAGGGCCAAUCCAGUGGGUAGGGAUGAUCAAGGAUCGAGAUCGCAGAGUUCGAGUGAGAUAUCGAUCAUUUCCAAUGCAAGUCUAAGUUCGAUUCAAGUCCUAGAUACGGAAAGAAGUUCUCCUCCCAAUCACAAAGUGUACAAUGUGGAAGUGGCCAGCCCCGAGUAUUUUGGCGACCAUACUGUCAGACCAAUCAACGCCCAAAACGGCUCGUCCAAUUCGAGCGAGGAGAGCAAUUCCAAUCAACGCCUGAAUGUUGGAUCCGUUAGGCGAGAAAUGGAUGACACGAGUAGUCUCACCUCGGCUGCUUAUUACACCUGUGCCUCGGACAUCUCACUAAACUCAGCCGCCCAACUCAUGGGUGGCAAGGUGCCCAGAACAAGAUCGACUUGUACCACGCCCAAAGUCAGCAAGAAGAAGAGAAAUCGACUCAAGAAAGUCGCCAGCGAGGGUGUGAUAUUGGGCAAGUUGGACACGUUUGAAAGGGUCUCUCCCAUCCCAAGGGAGAAACACCCCCCAUCGUUCGACUCUGUUCUCUCGGAAACGAUAUUGCAUCAACUUGGCGAAUGCUUGUAUCCCAGAUUGAUCGCUUGGGACUACCAUGACUUCACCCUUGUGGACCAUCGCGUAAAACUGCAUUGUGAACUCGUCCUUUGCCAGGAGAGGGACGAGAACAUCCUUUUGUUGGCAAAGGGUUUUAUCAAAGUGCCUUCCCUUGGUAAUAUGUUCCGUGGGGUAUUCGUCUUCAGCAACCGUAACUUGUUCAUCUUAAGAUGCCCAAUCAUAGAAACAGAAGACGUGGAUGAAUGGUUAAUUUCAAUCGAGACGAGACCAAUACAACAACUGAGAAAAAGUUUACUACUAGCCCGAGGUCAAGGAAUUGGUCUCGAGUUCACCAAACCAAAUGCCACUUACUACUUGAUAUUUGGUGAUCCAGCUCGCACAUCGCGCUUCAAGACCCAAUUAGAUGAUUACCUUCGAGAGUUUGUUCGUCCCAGUGGAUUGGAGCAUCGUGAUAUUUCGUCCCUGGAAGAGGGUGUCAUCCUUGAUCAGAUGGACAAGAACCAGGUUCAAUGUAAUAAGAGCUUAGUUUGCAUUCUAGACGCGCAAACCGGAGAUCGACACCAGGCUGAUAUAUCAUUGAAGCACUCCACUGUCAUAUUGACUCGCUUUGAGGUGAUUCUGAUCGAGAACUUCUUUCAAUGGAUCUUCGCGGACAACCAGAGUGCACUCCGAGUCGAUCAUGUGUUUCGUCUUCAAGAUAUGAAGCAAAUCAAUCUCCACAAAAGUCGACCUGAGGUUUUAAGCUUACUAUUUGGAGAAACGGAUGGCGUUCAUUUGUUCUUAGCCUCGGAAUCGAUGGUGUUGGAUUUCGUCAAAAAACUCCAGGAACUUUGGGAGGAUAUCCAUGACCAGCGAUUUGAGGAAUGUCUGAACUAUUAUUUGGGCGAUGGGACAGAUGAGGUCGUGAACAUGUGCACAUUCCAAUUAAAAGACUCCAUCGAGCCCAACACAUUUGAUCUGACCGAGUGGAUCCACGUUGUCAAGCGAUCUGCAGCCCAACCAAACCGAUCUGCCUUCGUCAUCCCCCAGCAAUAAAUCUAACCAACUGCUAACACGACGUGCUCGAACUUAGAAUCCAAUCCAAAAUAACCCCAAUGACGAUGGUCUUCAGAUAAAUCGACUGUGAUCUUCAAACAUUUUAUACUUUCAAAACAGCUCACACCAACCCUAGGUCGAGGUGAAUGAGAAAUCAUUAAAUCAUAUAUUUCAUGCCAUAGAGUUGAUCCGAACUUAAAAGUCCAAUAAAUCGCGAUUCUGAUGCA